AUUUGCAGCUUAACCGAACGUUUUAAAAUGUUAUUUCUCUUAAUUCCGUUCUGUUUCUUUCAAACAACUAUUUCAAGCGCUUCCGAACCAAUCGUUACGAUUUCUGACGGAAAUUUAAGAGGAUCAGUUCUUAAAGAUAUCGAUGGCAAACAUUUUUUUAGUUUCCAAUCGAUUCCAUUUGCAAAACCCCCAAUUGGAGAACUAAGAUUCAAAGAUCCACAACCAGUUGAAAAAUGGUCAGGAACUCUCGAUGCAACCAUAGAAUCUCCAAUAUGUCUACAAAAAGUUUUCGUUCUAAAUACAUUCGCAGGAACCGAAAAUUGUUUAUAUCUCAAUGUUUACACACCGAAAUUAAAACCAAAAAAACUUAAACCCGUUUUGGUUUUUAUACACGGUGGUGGCUUUACUGAAGGAACCGGAAAUUACAGCACUUAUGGACCCGAGUUUUUGAUGACUCAAGAUAUCGUCCUAGUCACUAUUAAUUACCGAUUGGGAAUCUUAGGAUUUACCCAUUUUAACAAUCCAAAUGUUAACGUGACUGGAAAUGCUGGUCUUAAAGAUCAAACUAUGGCUUUAAAAUGGGUUCGGCGAAAUAUUCGUAAUUUUGGUGGUGAUCCCCAAAAAGUUACGAUAAGCGGAGAAAGUGCUGGUGCAGCCAGUGUACAUUUACACGUUUUAUCUCCGUUAUCACAAGGUUUAUUUCAAAGAGCUAUUCUGCAAAGUGGGACUGCUUUAUCGCCUUGGUGUAAUGGUCAAAGGAAUAAUGGAGUUGCUUCGGCAAAAUUUUUAGGUUUUGAUGGUGAUGAUGAAGAAGAAAUGUUGAAGUUUUUACAAAAUGUUACUGAUCAUCAAUUGGAAAAAGCUUCCCUUAAUGCUACUAUGCUAAUUCCAAUCCAUAUUCCGAAUCAAUUUGGACCAACCAUUGAAGACAACUCACCCACAGCAUUUUUAUCGAAAGCACCAAGAGAUAUCAUUAAAUUCGGAAAUUUUAACACUUCAGUCCAUUUAAUGGUUGGAAUCACAAGCGCCGAAGGAAUUAUUUUUGACGCACUACACGUUUUAAGAGAUAACGCAACAUACAAACCAUGGCCAACAGAAAGAAACAUACCUUUCCAAUUGAAUUUAAAUGAUUACCAAAUACAAGAUUUGACCCAUAAAAUCGAUUAUUUCUACGGCAACAACGAAUCUUAUCAUAACUUAUCACAUAUUGCUAUACAAACAGAUAGUUAUUUUACUUAUCCAUUAUAUGAAACAAUUUUUGGUCAUUUAAAGCAUGCACAAAACAUGCUGGUGUAUUUAUUCUCCUCCGAUUCGAAAAUGAAUGUGAUUAAACGAAGUAAUAAUAUAACAUAUAAUUUUGAAGGUUGUUCUCAUUUGGAUGAUUUAACAUAUUUAUUUAAAUAUGAUAUUAACGCUCAUACAUAUUCAAUUGAGAACGAUUCCAUUGAGUAUAAAUCGAUUAAAAACACUGUUAAGUUGUUUGGUGAUUUUGUAAAGAAAGGAAAUGUAAAAAUUAACGAAACCCAACAUUGGAAUGUUGCGAAAAGAAAUAAUAUAACAUAUCUUGAUAUAAAUUUGGAUAAAAACCAAUUCGAUGUAGAUUUAUUUAGAAAUAGAGCGAGUUUUUGGUGUGAUAUUUAUAGGGAAUACAAACAAGAACAAUUUUGUUCCGAUAAUUGGACUCUUUUAUAAAUUCAAUUAUAUUUUCUAAAAUCAAUAAAGAGAAUGUUGUAGUAAAA